AUGGAUUCUUCCCGAAUCGAUUUGGAUCCGGUUGUACUCAGACAUCUCCAAACGAAAAAAGUGGAAGAACGAAUUGAGGAUUUGAACAAUCAAAUAUGGAUUGAAGAUGAUUCAGUUGGCUAUAGAUUGGUUACAGUUAUUGAUGAGGGAUUGACGGAUUGUUUGGUUGGAUUUCGAGAUGAGCAAGGAUUUUUUGAAAAGAAACGAAUCGAGAAAACGAAAUGCGAAGUGCCUAGCUUGAACAACUAUUCCGAUGAUUUGUGUACUUUGACACAACCAAAUGCAGCUACAGUACUCCAUGUCCUCAAUAUUCGAUAUUCGUCUAAUGUGAUCCAUACAUAUUGCGGUCUAUUCUGUGUCGUCAUCAAUCCAUGGAGAACAAUUCCAAUAUAUUCUGAUGACGUCAAACAAUUAUACCAGCAUCGGAGUGAUCUACCUCCACAUGUUUAUUCUGUUGCACAGAAUGCAUUUCAUGGAAUAUUGAAAGGUGGACGGAAUCAGUCGAUUCUCAUUACCGGAGAAUCAGGUGCUGGAAAAACGGAAAACACGAAGAAAAUCAUUGAUUUCAUUCUAAGCUCCAGUGGAUCAAAUAACACAAUUGGAGAUUGUGUAGUGACAAGUGGUGUACUUUUGGAAGCAAUGGGAAAUGCGAGGACAACUCAUAAUAGUAAUAGUUCCAGAUUUGGAAAAUUCAUUCGAAUUGAGUUUGACGAGGAUUCCAAGUUGAUAGGCGCCAAAAUCGAAUGCUGUGAGCUCCGCCCCUUUAAACCCGCUAAAAUCCAAUUUUCAGACCUUCUCGAAAAAUCACGAGUUGUUUCUCAAAGCGAUGGAGAUCGCAAUUUCCAUAUUUUCUAUCAAAUGCUAUCAAAUUAUUUUGAUAAUCCGCACAAAAGUUUUCUAAAACUGUCGAAACGAGUAGAUCAAUACAAAUAUCUUCGGAACGAUGAUGCUGAAAUUAACGAUGCAGAAACUGCAAAGUUGACAGAUGAAGCGUUUUCGAAAAUUGGAUUUAGUGAGGAGGAGAAAAUUUGGAUUUUUCAAGUUCUCUCAGCUGUUUUAUGGAUUGGAGAUAUCAAAUUCGGAGAACGAAGUGGUUUGGAUGUAUCCUUCGUGGAGAGUAUGCAAGAAGUGGACAACAUUGCUGAACUUCUGGAAAUGAAAAGUUCCAAACUUGUGGAUGCAUUGACUCAACCGACAAUUAAAGUUCAUGAUAAGCUUAUCAGGAAAAAUCAGAAUUUAGCAAAGACGCUAACUUCUGCCUCAGCAAUGGCUAAAGUACUGUAUGAACGACUAUUUGGAUGGGUGGUCAAAAGAUGUAAUGAUGCGUUUUCCGUGGAUGAUACCAAAAGUUAUUGCCGAAACAGUCGAUUUAUUGCUGUUUUGGACAUUGCCGGAUUCGAAAUAAUUGAGAAAAACUCAUUUGAACAGUUUUGCAUCAAUUAUACAAAUGAGAAACUUCAGCAGUUUUUCAAUCAUUUCAUGUUCGUAAAAGAGCAAACUGAUUAUUUGGAAGAAGGAAUCAAAUGGACACAAGUCAAUUUUGCAAACCAUUUACAGCCGACUAUUGAUCUAAUUGAGAAGCCAAUGGGAGUUCUGUCAUUCCUCGAAGAAGAAUGUGUUGUCCCAAAUGGAUCUGAAAAAUCGCUGCUUGAAAAGUUGUGCUCGAAUCUUGCCGGAGAUUCCAGUUUCAAAAAAUCGAAACAAUCUCAAAAAUACUCGACUGUCCGUCAUUUUGCAGUUCAGCAUUAUGCUGGAGAAGUACAUUAUAAUAUUGAUGGAUGGUUGGAAAAGAAUCGGGAUAAUGUGGAAAAUUCAGUUUUGGAUAUUUUAUCACAAUCCACACAUCCAUUGUUGAAGGUUUUAUUUCCCCCAGUACCCGCCAACAACUUGAAAGUUCGCCGUGGCACCAUCACCAAUUCCACUGUUUCGUUUAUGUAUAAAAAUCAACUCCAAUGUCUUCUGGACACGCUGAAUACGUCAUCCGCUCAUUUCAUCAGAUGUGUCGUUCCGAAUUACGAGAAACUUCCAGGCAAAAUUGAUGCGCCGUUGGUAUUGGCACAGCUAAAAUGCAACGGCGUCCUCGAAGGAAUUCGAAUCUGUCGUGAAGGCUAUCCAUCACGUCUUCCACAUUCAGAAUUCAUUGAAAGAUAUUCACUUCUUCUGAAAAACAAAGAAAAAUCAUCUAGAGCAAGUGAAAAGGAAAAAUGUGCAAUGAUUUGUCAGGAUGCAGACGUUCGAAAAGAGAGAUUCGCAGUUGGAAAAACAAAAUUGUUCUGUAAAGUUGGAGUCAUUUCUGAACUUGAAAGAAAACGAAAUGACUACAUUUCCUCAUUUAUUGUCUUAAUUCAAGCCAAUAUUAGAUACAGAAAUAUCCAGAAGGAUCUGAUAGAGAGAAGGAAAAGAGCAGAAGCAAUUCUGACAAUUCAAGAAAAUGUCAGACAAUUUGCUCAAUUAUCUCAAUGGCCAUGGUACCGUAUUCAUCAUUUGGCGAGAGGACUGAUACCGAAAAAUCGGGAUAAAGAGAGAAUUGAGGAAUUGGAAAAGGAGAAGAUGAAAUUGGAGGAAGAGAUUCAGGAAAUGGAAACGAAGAAUGAGGAGGCAUUGAAGGAAAAUCUGAAAUUGAGCAUGGUGAGUGACAAUAUGAUAUUGAUUUUAUUGAAUUUUGAAAAACUUUUGGAUCGCGAGAAAACCGAAAAAAUCAAAGUUCAAAAGGAGAUGGAAGAAGUGGAGAAGAGGGGAAGAAAGGUGAGCUUAUACUUUCACAAGAAAAUGAAGCUUCUCGAAAAAGAGCGCGAGUUUCGAAAAACGAUGGAAGAAAUGGAGCAGAAUGAGGAGAUAUUCAGUGUAUUGGAGAAGAAAUACAAUGAUCAGCACAAGAAAGUUAUGGUAUGUUCGAGAUCGUUGAAGCGAAAAAUGAACGACAUUCUUCGAGACUAUGAACGCAAAAUCGAGCAGUUGAAUAUGGAAAAAUCGGAUUUGGAAGCGGAGAAUUUGAAGCUCAAAGAAUCCCAAAACCGCCAAGACACUCAUUAUUCAAAUAUGGAGAAAGAGAUUCUGGAGAAGACGUCACUGAUUGAUGAUCUUCAGAAUCAGGUUCAGAAGUUGUUGGAUGAGACGAACGAACAGAGGAUUACUAUCGCAAAGUUUCUAGGAUUCAAAAAACCCCAAAACACUAAAAUUUCCAGACUAGAAACUGCAUUGGAAGAUGAGAAAUCGAGAUUUUCAAGACAAAGUAACACAAUUGGAGAUAUGCAAAAACUGAUCACCGAAUUGAAUGAAAAAAUAGCUCGUUUCGAUCAAAUCGCACUGAACGAACGGAAUUCGACGAGGAAAAUUGAGAGGGAAAAGGAGAAAUUGAAUGAGGAAUUGACGACGGCCAAGGAGAUUAUUCAGAAGCAGGCGAAGAAAAUUGAUGAGUUGAAAGACGAAUGCCGAAAACGUGGAAACGAAGUGAAUCGUUUGGAGAGAAAACUAGAGGAUAAAGAUGCAAUGAUGGCUGAUUGUGUGAAAGAAUUAAAGGAUAGUCAUAAGGAAAGAUUAAAAGAAAUGGAACAAAAAGUGGAAGAUGUGAAAAGGAAAAAUUCAAAAUUGGAAAACGAAAAUUCGACACAACGAAAUCAAAUUGAACAUUUCCAAAGAGAAUCGAGUGUGGAUUCGGAUUACGGUAGAUCGAGUUCUGGUAGAAUGUCGACGUUGGGAAGACAGUAUUCCCUCACUUCCAUCGGUUCAUUUUCAUCAAUUCGGACUGUUGGAUUGAGUAGAAAAGACUCAAUUUCUGAUAUGACAUCAUCAAUGUAUUCGUUGAGAGGUAGAAGAGAUUCCACGUAUGAUUUGACGUCAUAUGUUAUUUCUUCUUCCAAUGGAUUACAACGAUCACCGUCGACUUCACAGGUCAUGGAGAAGGAACGAAGGAUUUUGGAAUUGGAAAAAGAAAAAGCAUCAAUCAAUACGGACCUUCAAUUAGUGAAACGAGAGUUGGAUGUCUACAAAUCACAGUUGUCCACUGUUGAAUCAGAAAAAGAAUCACUGCAAACGACGGUUCGAAAGCAAACAAAUCAAUUACAAGAAACGACUCGUCAAUUCAAUUCUGCCCAAAAGAAUGCAGAUAAUUUGGCACUUCGUCUGAGAAAAGCAUUGGCAGAUUGUGAAGAAUGGAAAAAGAAGCAUGAAGAAUCGAUAGAAGACUCGAAAACCGAAAUUUUAGCAGAGAGAAAAAGAGCAAUGGAUCGAGCAGAGGCAUCAGAGAAAGAGACAGAAUUGAAACAAUCGAGACUGGCGACGAUUGAAAGUGCAAAAAGUGUAUUGAGUGGAGAAUUGGCACGGACUCAGGCGGAAUUGGAUAGAUGUCGACAGAUAAUUCAACAAUUAGAAGAGAAUAUCAAGAGUCAAGAGACAUUGGGAAACAGUUUCGAACGACAUCAAUCCAAUUUGAAUUUUGAAAUUGAGAAUUUGAGAGAUGAGAAUUGUGCAUUGAAGGCCAAGAUUCGGAGACAGUACAAACAGAUUGAAUUGCUCACUCAACAAGACGAGACCAACGAUGAGCUGAACCAUUUUGAGAACAAAACCGAGCGACUUCUCUAA